AUGUUCUCCGCCGCUGAUAGCUGGGAGCUCGAGAGCUCCACGGCCGCGCCCCUCCUCAUUUCCGAGCCGCAGGACUUUGUCCUCGGCCGGAACGCAGACUGCCUGAAGCUCCUCCCCGCACUCGACCAACGAGUGUCCGACGAGGGCAAGUCCGUUUCGCGCCGGCAAGCGACACUGCGCCUUGCUGCCGACGCGAGCGAGCUCAUACUGACUUCGCAGAGCAAGAGCAACCGCACUGGCGUGCGGCGCGGAGCCUCCUCCGAGUGGAACUGGCUGCGACAGAAUGAGAGCUGCGUCGUCUCCGAUGGCGACGCAAUCGCCCUGGCAGAGCCGAAGAGCUCCGCCUCCGCUCCGACUCUGAUCCUCACCCUCCGCAACGUGCUCGCGGCUGCGACGCAAGUGUACUCGGACAACCCGGACGCGUCGCCCGAACGGGCGGCAGCACCCUCGCCAAAGCGCCAGCGCCAGAGCUGCUCUGGCAUGAUGACGAGCGAGGCGCCGACCUUCCUCCGCUGCCCCUUCUCGGAGAAGGAGGCCGCAAAGGAGCGCGGCGCAAAGUGGGACCGCGCGCGCAAGGCGUGGUUCGUCGAGGAGGACGACGAGGCGCUGCACUCUGCCCUCGCCGCGAUGGAGGCCGCUUGCGACCCGAGGUGGGCCAACGCCCUCGCCUUUGCGGUGGACGCGGAGAGCGAGGUCCGGCUGCGGCAGGCGAUCGCCGCGUGCGCCUCCGGGCUCGAGGGGCUGCCUCCGCGCGGCAAGGCGGGCGCCAAGCCGUGGACGCAGCGGUACGGCCACGCAUACGAGGCGGGCGAGCUGCACCUGACCCUCUACCGCGUGCGCGACGCCUGCGCGGCCCUCGGCAAGGCGAAGCCCGCCGUGCUCGACGAGUUCGAGCGCGCGCGGCGGGCGGUCGCCGGCGCCUCGCUGGGCUCCGUCAAGGGGGUGCGCAUCUCGAUCAAGGAGGUCGGAGGGCCGUACGACGCGUGCCGCCCGCUCGCGGGCUCGCUCGCCCCGGGCUGACGGAUGCCUGCAUUGUUGCAUGGACGCUGGAGUGACGCGCGGUGGGGCGCAACGCUACGUGAGGAGGAGCGGGGUUCCCGCGAGCGCUGUACUGCAGUUACCGCGACUGUUUUGUG